AUGGACUCCUCCUUCGAGAAACAUGGCUUUGACGAGUCGGCAUUCGAGGACAAGGGCCUGUCAGGGCUGAGGACCUUCGAUGCGUUUCCGAAAACUAAACCGAACUACACCUCUGCGACCACGCGCGGUGGCCAAUGGACCCUCGCCCUAAUAAUCCUAUGCCUCUGUCUUACUGCCUCGGAGCUGCGCACGUGGUGGCGGGGGACCGAAACCCACCAUUUCAGCGUUGAGCGCGGCGUGGGCCACGAGCUCCAAUUGAACCUCGAUAUUGUCGUGGCGAUGCCGUGUCGCGACCUCCACGUCAACGUCCAGGAUGCGGCGAUGGACCGAAUCAUGGCCGGCGACCUGCUGAAAAAGGAGGACACGAACUUUGAGCUCUGGCUGGACCCGCGGAAGUUGUUUCGGCUGAGGAAGUUGCAGCAGGGCAUCUACCAUGGUCUGCACGAAGGAGAUAGGAAAAGGAAGAAGGCCGAGGAGGAAGAUUCUCACGUGGGCCACGUCUUAGGACACAUGCGUGAGAACAAGGGCCGCAAGUUCGCCCGCUCGCCCAAGCUCCAGAAACACAUGCCAGUCGACAGUUGUCGCAUCUACGGGUCCCUCGAGGGCAACAAAGUGCAAGGCGACUUCCACAUCACCGCACGAGGACACGGCUACAUGGAAUUCGGCAUGCAGUCACAUCUCGACCACAAUCUGUUCAAUUUCUCGCACCAUAUCAACGAGCUCAGCUUCGGGCCCCAUUACCCUAACCUCCUGAACCCGCUGGACAAAACGAGCGACACCACCGACGCGCACUUUAUGCGCUAUCAGUACUACCUCUCCAUUGUGCCCACGAUCUUCACGAAGCGCCGAGUCGCAACCAAGAGUGGCAGCUUGGACCCCGCCGCGCUGCCACAGCCUCCCACGCUGGACAUGGCGCCGAACACGCAGCGCGACAAGGACGGCGUCAUCCGCCACGUCCCGCACCCCGAGCAAGGGCGGGACACGAAAUCCAUCUUCACGAACCAAUACGCCGCGCAGUCCCAGUCGCGCGAGGUGCCCUCCUCCACCGUCCCGGGCAUCUUCUUCAAGUACGACAUCGAGCCCAUCCUGCUCAUCGUCAGCGAGAGCAGGGCGAGCCUUUUGGGCCUGCUGGUCCGGCUGGUCAACGUGAUCAGCGGCGUGCUCGUGGGCGGCGGCUGGAUGUUCCAGCUGUCCGAGUGGGCGGGCGAGGUCUGGGGCCGGAGGAAGCUGAGGAGGAGCGAGACGGGGCUCGGUGUCCUGGAUGGCGCCAAACCCAACGGUGAGGCCAACGGGCAUUUGAAGCAUUGA